CUAAUUCUGAUCAUGGUCUCCGCUAUCGCUCCAAAGCUCUUCACGCCUUUCAAGCUGGGCGGGAAGAAAGCUCCUGUCGAGCUCAAGCACCGUGUCGUCAUGGCGCCUUUAACGCGGCUGCGCACUGGAGAGAGUGGCGCUCCGACUCCUCUAGUGGUUGAACACUACGCUCAACGUGCAACAGACGGUGGUCUUCUCAUCGCCGAGGCCACGAACAUCAGUCCGACAGCUCGCGGAUACUUUGGCGCUCCAGGACUGUUCAACCAAGAGCAGGUUGACGACUGGAAGGCUGUGACCAAAGCUGUGCACGACAAAGGAGGCAAGAUCUUUGUCCAGCUUUGGCACACGGGGCGUGUGGGUCAUCCACUGAACCAGCCUGAUGGUCAACUCCCAGUGUCGUCCAGUAACACCAGUGUCGACGACGUACACACCCACGCUGUCACUCGUGAAGGUCGCAAGGACUACGUGACCCCUCGUGCUUUGGAGAUCGAGGAGAUCCCUGCUAUUAUCGCAGACUAUAAACGUGCUGCAGAGAACGCCAUUGCUGCGGGCUUUGACGGUAUCGAGAUCCACGCGGCUAACGGCUACCUCCUCGAGCAAUUCCUGUGUGACGGUGUGAAUAAACGCAUCGACAGCUAUGGAGGCAGCAUCGAGAACCGAGCUCGCAUCAUCUUUGAGGCGGUGGAAGCCAUUCUAUCGAGUUUGCCGUCCAGCCAGGUAGGGAUCCGCUUGUCACCUUUCGGUGAUACAUUUGGCUGCAAAGACUCGACGCCAUCCAAGACGUACGGAUACGUCGUGAACAAGCUCAACGACUACGAUCUCGCCUACGUCCACGUGAUUGAGCGUCGCGGUAUGCACGCAGCUAACGUGCAAGUGCCGGAGGUUGGUGUCGCUCGCCACUUCCGUGACACCUACAAGGGCGUCCUGAUUACUGCUGCUGGAUACGACCGUGAAGACGCGCUUAAGACGGUUGAAGAAGGUGCUGCUGACCUCGUGGCAUUCGGAUGCGACUUCAUUGCGAAUCCGGAUCUCGUGGAGCGUCUGCGUAUUGGGGCGGAGCUCAAUGCACAAAACAGAAAGACAUUCUACCCGCAGCCGGGUGUUCCGCUAGAGUCUGGCUACACGGACUACCCGUUCAUGACUCAGGAUAAGUAA